GUACAUGUUGCAUGAUUACAGAAUCUAAAACUGGGUGCAUAUCAUUUAUAUAAUUUCUCUUUUUAAACAAUUAUAAUAGUAUAAAAAUUAGAAUAUGAAUGUUUUAAGUGAAUGCAUUCAUCUUUCGAGUGGUUAUACUAUGCCACUUAUUGGAAUUGGAACUUAUAAAAUACAAGGAAGAGAAACUAUUUAUGAGGUAAUCGAUGAAAGCUUGAAAGUAGGUUAUAGAUCAAUUGAUACAGCAGCAGUGUAUAGAAAUGAAGAAGACAUUGGAUUCGCUUUAAAAGAAUUAUUGUCUAAAUAUAAUCUCCAAAGGAAAGAUAUCUUUAUUACUACUAAACUAGCACCCAGUGAUAAUGGAAAUGCAGAAGGUAUACACCAAUCGGUUUUAAAAUCUCUUAAAUCACUUGGUCUUUCUUAUAUCGAUUUAUAUUUGAUACAUUGGCCUGGAGCUGCACGCAUUCCUGAAAAUUCUCAACAAAAUAAACAUUUGCGUGCUUGUACCUGGGAAAAAUUAGUUGAACUGCACAAACUAGGCUUAAUAAGAUCCAUCGGUGUUUCUAAUUAUACUAUUGAUCAUUUAAAAGAAUUAUUGAAUAAUCAUUAUGGUGUAAAACCUGCAGUUAAUCAAGUUGAAUGUCAUCCGCAUUAUCGUCAAGAAGAAUUAAUUAAAUUUUGUAACGUAGAAGGAAUACAUGUACAAGCGUAUUCAUCUUUGGGUACAAGUACCGAUACCAGUCUUCUUAAGGAUCCUGUUGUUAAUGAUAUUGCUAUGAAACUUAAUGUAUCUCCAGCAAGAUUAUUAUUGAAAUGGGCUUUACAACAAGGCAUAAGUGUUAUUCCCAAGGCUAUAAAAAAAGAACAUAUACGAGAUAACAUAAAUUUAAAUUUUAUUAUCGAUGAAGAAAAAAUGAAAAUUUUAUCAUGUCUACCACAAAUUAAAUAUGCAUGGGAUCCACAAAAUGUUUAUUAAUCAAAUUAAGUUAAAUAAAAUAAUAUAUUAACUUACUACAUUAUAUUGAUUAAUAU